AUGCCAGUCAAUCUGGAUGGCGAGACACUCGCCAAAAUUGCCGAUAUUCUGGACGCUAAGUCAGAUCUGGACGCCCUUUCAUACGUCCUUAAGAACCCUCAGUUGAAUUUUCGAAUUAUCAGCAUCGAUUCCGAGCAUGUCCAGUCCGAUACUCUUAAACUCACUGAGAUCGGAGUCACUGUAUUGGAUGUAGCCACCCUCCAGCCUCACCAGGACGGAUCGAGACAGACAACCAUAGAAUCUUUCGUCGAACAUAUGUAUCCGAUGAAUUUCUUAAUCUGCGAAAACGGUCAUCUAUUUAAUAAUGUUGUUAUCGAGAGCGAUCCUCAAGGUUUCAGAUUCGGUUGGAGUCGGUGGAUUGCUAGGAAUGAAGUUUCGACUGUCCUCACAGAACUGAUCAAUAAGACGGAUCAUCCAGACGCCCCUGAGGUCUGCCCUGUUGUUCUCCUUAGCCAUGAUGCCGACAAACUACACGAUCUCCUGGUCGAUGCGGAGAUUGAUAUUUCCAAUAUAUCGCAUGUGGUUCGGACCUUGCAUACUGAAGAGAUGGCGAAAUCGCCUCAGCACUACCCCUGGCGUGGAUCUCGCGAUAUUGAUCUGACGAGCCUUAUACUGGAGAACGAUAUGAAGCCGCUGGGCAAGGAGAAACCAAUGGGCGAAGACUAUCUUCAUAAUUCUGGAAACAAUGCCGCCCUCACGAUGUUAUGCGCCGCUUCUAUGAUCGACGACUGCAAAGACCGCUUCGGAAGCGAUUUAACGCGUACUGAAGAGAGAGAACUAAACCACGGCCUUGUCGAUAGUCUCAUUUUGUCCACAUUCAACAACAAGGCGAUGACUAAGAUUGGCCAUGAUGUAUAUUGCAUCCGUUGCAAUGCUGCUGGCGACCACUUCGAGCACGAGUGCAUCCCGGAACAGAACCCGGUUAGCUGCGAGCACUGUAAAAAAAGGGGCGAGAGACCAGAAACUAUCGGGAACCACGAUACGCACCGUUGCUUACGGCUGUAUCAAGAUAUCUCUCCCUUCGAAGAAGAUGAUUGUGAUGAUCGAUGA